UCAGAAUCAAUGGAAAGAACAUUAAUUCAGAUUUUUCUAGCUUUGUUUUUUAGCUUUCAAGUAUGCUGUUCAGAAGAAAGUGAAGAAAAGUGUCCAAAAUACUCUGUUCCAGACUCCACUAGACCAUUGUGCAUUCAAUGUCGGCUGUGCAUUCCAUCAAAAGGGCUUUCUAUUCAUCAAAGUUGCAAAGAAGCUUAUCCUUUGCAUAUCAAUAGUCAAGGCCUUGCUUGGUGCACCAGUGUGAACUUUCCUCAGCCUUCCUGCCCUAAAUGGGAAGUUGUUAAUGGCAAAAUAAAUUGCUCUAAUAAGUUUAGCAUUAGAUCAAAGUGCAGUGUCAUGUGUGACCCAGGGUUUUCUGUUGUGAAAAAAACUCUAGUUCGCUGCACAGAUGACCUUCAUUGGGACAUUAAUGAAAACUCAAGACCUUGGUGCAAUAGAACAGAUCCUCCAGGCCAGCCCACAAUAAACUCCUCGAUUAUUCGUACUCAAGUUCAUGCAGGUUCAGAUGUUACAUUGAUUUGUAAAAAUAAUACAGUGCCUGUGGGAAAGGUUGCUUAUUUUUGGAAGUUUAAUAACAAGGAGCUGCUGAAUGAUAAACAUUCCAACACUUACACUAUUAUGGCUGCAAAGAAAGAUGAUGAAGGCUAUUAUCGCUGUAUAAUACAAGAUCAGAUUGGAAAUUCAUCUAUUAGCCAGAAGUAUUCCUUAGAGGUUGAAGGUGUUGUAGAAUCUGUAACAUCACCGGUCAUUGAAUCACCUCAAACAAAAUAUAAGGGGCUGUCAGUUGAAUCACCUCAAACAAAAUUUAAGGGGCUGUCAAGUGAAUCACCUCAAACAAAAUUUAAGGGGCUGUCAAGUGAAUCACCUCAAACAGAAUUUAAGGGGCUGUCAAGUGAAUCACCUCAAACAAAAUUUAAGGGGCUGUCAAUUGAAUCACAUCAAACAGAAUUUAAGGGGCUGUCAAUUGAAUUACCUCAAGCAGAAUUUAAGGGGCUGUCAAUUGCAGGUAUCAUUGCAUCAAUAGUGACAGCAGUAUUUAUCCUGGGUUUCACACUUAAGUAUAAAACUCAUAUCAAGGUGUGGGUCUUAUCCUUUUUACCAAAAAAGAAAACUAAUGGAAAUGACAACAAACCAUCUGGUCAAAAUGUACCUCUUACUCAAGAUGAUGUGGAAAAUAAUAGACAAGAAGAUGGUGCCAGCAGCAAGCCACUUAAAGAUGAGACUUCGGAGAAAAUUCCAUUUGUAUCAAAAUAUCAUCAAUCCUCUGAAUUAGUUGAUCUACAAUUAGAUACCACAAUACCACCUUCUGUUGAAACACCUUAUUUUCCUGAAGAAAGCUACACUGCUGUGGACAGGAGUCAGACGUCUAAAGUUCCUUGUAAAAAAGAUGUUCCUUGUAAAAAUUGUGUUCCUUGUAAACAUUUAUUACGUCAAGUUUCCAACAAUGAUCAGAGAGCUUUGACACAACUACUUGAUAAAAAAUCUGUUGUUGAUCAAAUUAUCAAAUUUCUAGACCAGCUUCCUGAUGUGAAUAGGAACCAUCCUACAUAUAGGGACCUAGGCAUAUUUUUAGGAAUGAAUGAAGAUUCUAUUUUCAAUUUAGAAUUUAAUUGUCAACAAUAUAAAACAAGCCCAACAUAUCAGAUGUUACGUACAAUGAAGUCAGAAGGCAAAGGUUUCAGUUCAUUCAAGGAAUUUCUAAAUCAGCACAAAUGUGUUCACCUUAUUAACAACAUACAAACAGCAAUGGAGCAGGAUAGAUUAUAAACAAGUGAUUUGAGAACUACUAUUGUUUAUUAUCAUUUUUGUUUGCAAAUUGAUACUUACUAUUUCAAGUAGGGUGGCUGCCUGGUUAUGGGUAUCCGUGUUGGAUUUCUUGAUGGUACCGGGGUCAUAUCCUGCCUCGUCUCAUUCCCCCGUCAUUCUGUAAAACAUUUAACAAAACAAGCAAAUCUAGAUCUUCAUUACCAAGUUAAGUUAUUUGUAUCUUUCUUUACACUGGAAAGAAUUGCCUUGUUUUUUAUAUAUAUAUUUAUUAUUGAGUAUUUAUUUAGCUAUGAAAGAAGUGUAAUCUUGACUAAAAUUGUAUGUUCAACUUGAAAUGUUUCAGAUCUAAUUGAUAAACUGAAUGUUUGAUGUAAAUAUGUCUGUGAUUCAAAUCCAAAAGUUUUAUUUAUAAAUGUACUUUUGAUCAAUUUUACUUCAACAUUCGUUGAAAUAAUUUUACAUUCUUCUAAUGAAAAUUAAUUUUCAGAGAACCUGUGGUGAUACAGUUUUUAUGCAAAGAUAUUUAUACAAGCCAGAGGUUGUUGUGCUUUACCUACUUUUUUUUUGCUCAAUUAAUUUUAUUAUUGAUGGACUUGAUUAUGUGAAAACCUUAUUGAUGAACAUUUAUGAGAAAGCAUGUGGUUGAGUCAAAGCUUCUCUGAAAGACUUCAGCAUUUUGAGAAAGCAUGUGGUUGAGUCAAAGCUUCUCAGCAUUUCAAGAAAGCAUGUGGUUGAGUCAAAGCUACUGUAAAGUCUUCAGCAUUUCGAGAAAGCAUGCUGUGCUUUAAUAUCAACAUUGGCUGGAGGAUUUUUUUUUAUCAAGAUUAGCAGCAUCAUUGAUUGCUGUUGUUUUUGUUUUGUUUUGUUUUUCAGUUCUUUUUUUUUUAAUUGUUGUAUUGGUCUAUUCUAUGGUUUUAAUAUAAGUUUAUUUCCAUGGAAGGCGUAAUGGCUAAGUGAUAAAGAACUUGGCUCCUGAACUGGGGUCCCAGGUUUGAAGACUGGGACUGGCAGAAGAUAAGCGUCAGAGCAAGGCUAAUGACACUAGCUCAGGGGUGGGCAAAUUACGGUCCGCAGGCCACAUGCCACCCGCCGGACUGUUUUAUGCGGCCCGUGGACACCUAUAGAAAUCAGGUGUGCCCACAGAUUAUAGGCCUACAUAUAAAAAAUACAAACAUUUAAAAAAAUAGCUAAUUUUAAAUACCUAUAUAAAUUAUUGCAAUUUCUGAGGUGAAAGAAACAUUCUAAAAAAGUUUAAGUAAACGAUUAUUUUUAUUUGCAAUAUUUUGAAAAAUUCAGGCUUCAAACUCAGGCCACUAUUUUAUUCAAUGCUUUGAAGAACAGUGUUGAAAGUCUUGGGCUAGCUUGAAACAAGAUGGCAAGUGUAACAACUGAUGGAGCCCAUGUUUUGACAGAGAAAAGCAGGUUUUUAAUAAAUUAAAGAAGAUAUCUCAACCAUAAACUUUAAACUGGAAAGUUUGCUCAAAGUUGAAUUUAAUAUGAAGUAUAUUAUUGGGGAGAUACUCUCAAUAAUGUAACUAAUCACUGCUAGGGAUCUCAACCACAAACAGUUCCGAUGAGUACUUGAAGAUUAGGAAACAAAACAUUCCGAUGUUCCUUACAACAACAAUAUCGCUAGCUUAGCAUGGGCAUGGUAGUGAGAAGAAAUCUAAUCUCAACGAAGAAAUUAUUAUUUGACUGUAACUUUCUUACUUAUAUUUCUAAUGAAGAGUUGAAGACUUCAUGUUUUCAUCGGAAGUAUUGCACAGGAAAUGUAUGUGCAUGUUAAAUAUUAUUUAAAACAAAGCUUCCCAUUUCUCCAGGCAAGCAAAUGAAAACAGGCUUGAUCAUUUUCCUUUGCUGAAAGGAGAAACUAUUUCUAGUGAAAUGGUUGAAAAGUACAAGACUUAUUUAAAUUCUUUGAUUGUGGAAUUUGAAAGCUAAUUUUAAGAUGUUAAGAACUUUGAAUCAGUUUUCAAUACACUCAGCUCACCAUUUAGUGCAGAAGCUGAAUCAGCUCUAAAGAACAUACCUCCAAGCAAAUUAUGAACUGAAAGAGAAGUUCCAUUCAAUUAUUCCGCGGGAGUUUUAUGAGUGCCAGAAACUGUAUUUCCACACUUUAAAAAACUUUGCCGCUAAACUUUCACAUUAUUUUGUGCACAUACAUCUGUAAACAAAAUUAUUUUUUUUCUGUUUGAAAAUAAACAAGUGUAGGAACAGGUCGAUGCCGACUGACUGUAAUUUGACAGCAGUCAUAAGGAUAACUAGUAAACUAGUUCCACAAUUCUGGAACAUUAAACACGAGUGUAGACAGUUAAACACUUCAAAUUAAGUACAACUGUUCAUUUGUGGUUUGUGAGAUGUAAACAGAUGAUAAAAAAAUUUUUUUUUUUAAUUAUCGUAAAAUUAGUUUCAGAAAUCGCUAACCCCAUAACACAGUAUAAAUGUGAAUUUAAAGACAUUAUACACAUCUAGCUAGCGUAUUUUUUUAAAGUCAUAAGUACAUUAGAUAUACAUUAUAUAUAUAUAUAUAUAUAAUGCGGCCCCCCAUUCCCAAAUUUUUUUGUAAUGCGGCCCUCGAUAGGAAAAGGUUGCCUACCCCUGCACUAGCUCCAUCUGGAAUAACCUGACCAGUGUGCAGCCAAACAUUUCGGGUUCCCAUAGGUCUCAUCAGCCACAUGAGGAGGCACAAACACAAACCCCAGCGCAAAGUCCUCAACCCCCUGGAUGGCAUGUGGUCAUCAUCGAACACGACUGACGAACUAUACUUUAGAAGGAGGGACUGUAGUUUAUAAGAUUAAUGGAAGUGGUUGCCUGUAUCAGUCAGGAACAUCAAUAAUUAACAUGCACACCUUGAUUUUUGUACAUGACCUCUGACCUUUUACAUAUUGUGUGUAAAUGUAAACCUCAACCAACUUUAUGUUCAAUGAUGAUGUGGUUCAGUCAGUUAAGAAAGUUAGCUGUUUAGAGCCAUAUGUUUAGAAAAUUCUUUGAUGUUCUCCGUCCAAGAUAAAUAACUUAUCUUCCAUAUUAACCACCCUGUCAGCAUAAUCUUAGCAUUUAUUAGACUAAAGUAUUAUUGUCCUUGCCUAAGCAGCCACUGCUUUUUUUUUUUUUACUACAAGCGUUAUGUUUAUGGAUAUAAUGCUAAUUAAAGAUUUGCUUUUUUAUGUUUUUUUUUUUUUUUGUAAUCUGAUUAGCUUAUGUGUAGUCUUACUUGUUUUUAUUUAUAUUAGGACUAACUUCAGUAGUUGUUACUUGUUAGUGAAUUUUUAUAAUUUUUUUUUACCAAACCAGUAUACUUGGCUUUUCUUAUUCAAAACCAAAGAACAGCACAUAUUACAUUGCUGUUUCCUGUCCAUAUUGCAUUGCAGUUUCCUAUCCAUAUUGCAUUGCUGUUUCCUGUCCUCAAAGCAAUUUUGUUUUUAAAUAUACAUAUGCAUUUUUGAAAUUUUUUCAAAAUUUUAAAAUGAGUCAAAUAGUGUAAAAAUAUUUUUCUUAAAUUUUUCUUUUAAUAUAUCUUUAAUUGAAUUACAAUUGAGUUACAAAACUUUUUAUUAAUGGUAAUGAAAAAAAUUGUGUCGAAUUUGUUUUCACUUUCAUUCUUAUUGUUCUCUCAUUACUAUUGAUCAGAUAAUGACUUCCUGCCCAGGUCAUGACAUUUUAUAGUGGUUUUUAUAUGUCUUAUGCUAUUGGGUCUAUAGUUUCACCAUUGUUUUAAUGACUGUGCAAAAGUUCAAAGAUUUACAUCUUAGAUGGAUAUAAUAUUUAGUAAGCUGUUAUCACAUAUUAUUUGGUUGAACAUUAUCUUGCUGGUCGCAGGGAAUACUCUAUUCUGAGAGUCUGAAUCACAGAUCAAAAUGAAUGUGAGGGAAAUAUAGGCGAAAUUCUCUGUGCUGCUUUCAGGCACUCAGAAAACAUAAUUUGAGCCCCCUUGAUAAAUAACCAAGUGGCUAGUGACACUCAGCUACACAUUCCAGUGACACAUUCCACAAAUUAAAUGUGCAUCUUUGCUUUCUUUCUAUUUAAUUUCUCAAAAGAUUAGUAGCUUCACAUUUUCAUGUGGGAUAUUUGUGAUUUGAAUUCAGAUAAAUGCUUCUAACACCAUUUAAAAAAAAUGUUCUUAGUUUUUAUUUAAUGUAGUAAAAUUCUUUGUCUUUUGUAAUCUAUUGUUAAUGUAAUGAGAGUCUUUAAAAAAUAAAAGCUACAACAAAGUUCAUAAAAAAAUAGAUUUCUAUAUAAAAAAAACAAACUUGAUUGUAAAAUUGAAUAAAGCUAAGACUGGUUGUGUUUGUCUGAUCAAAACACUAAAAAAUGCUCUGUUGCUGAUUCAGCUUGUUGCUUUUUUGCCUUAGAAAGAAAUUUUUUUUUCUUGCUAAAGAUAUACAACUACAUAUUUUGUUUCCAUAUUUUAACUUUCCCAGUAGAAGUUUUUAUGUAGCUGGUCAGUGAUUUAUUACAUCAUUUUAUUCUUUGCAAUUGUUAUAAAUAUUUUAAUAACAAUGAUACUUAAUUUAAUGUGUGUUGGUGUAUAUGUUUUUAAGUAGUCAAUAAUCAAUUUAAACAAUCUUUGUUAUUCUUUUUCCUAAAUUGCCAGUAAAUAUUUUUGUAUAUGCUAAGUAACAAACAUAUUUUCUGUACAAUAUUUCUCAAACUGUUAUUCUAAAUGUUAUACUUGUUUCACAAAGUUUUUGGAAACAAAUUACAUGAUUGGGAACUAUAAUAUUUUCACUUCAUUUUUUUAAAUUAUACUGUACUCUGAAAAUUUUUGUUUGCUGCUUGACUUUUAUAGUAUUUUGUAUUUCUAUAUAUUUUAUUAAAUUUCAUUUAUAUUUCGUAUAAUUUUUGGUCUAGAUCUUUGCGAAUCUCUGAAGAAAAAAGUCUCUCUUUAUUAAUGACUGAUUGAUUUGUUCUUGGUAAAUAUUUAUCAAACCUCCAAACUGUAUCUUCUUUUUCCCUGUCAUCUUUGUAAUAAAUUGAUCUUUGAAUUUGAAAUGCCACAGGUAUCGCUUGCAAAACAUGUCGGUGUCCAGCAGUUUAGAUUGAAAUUCUUUUUGAAUUGUUAGAGAACAUACUGCAGAAUCUCUUACUUAUAAUGUAAAUAUAGUCAAUAGUAACAUUUCUGCUACUUUUUUAUUUUUGUAAUAUUUGUAUUUGAAUUAUAUUUGCAUAUACAGUUGUAUUACAUCCAACAAAUCCUGUCUCUCUCCAUCAAAUUUCAACGCAAUUGCUUUUUUUGUGUGUGUGUACAUUUUUUUUUCAAAUAUGUAAUUAUGCAAUGAUUACCUUAAUUACAUAACUCUGCAUAUGUGAUUGACUAGGCAGUGUUUAUGAUCCAAAUGACUUUCUAGACUGGCUUGAACAAGGUCUUAUUGGUUUAUAGUCUAUGCCUAAAAAAUCAGUUGAGGCCUAUUGCACACUAUUAGCAAAACACUUGAUGCAGAUCUUUCUGAAGUAAAAUGCACAUUUUAUUUAUCCCGCAAGAAAAAUAAACCCAAUUAUGAAAAAUUAAAUUUACAGUAUAAUGGCUAUGUCUUCAAUUCUGAAGAUCAAGGAUGAGUACAGUGUUUCACAUGACUACACAAACCCAGUUGAUUGCAUUUAUAUAUAACCUUCCUGAUUUUUCUGUCAGCAUUGUCAAACUUUGACUGAUUUUUUGAACACUAUCUCUUCAUUUUUUUUUUAUUUUUUUUUACCUUUACCUAUCCCUUAGUCUGUUGGACCGUUGGGGCACCAGGCAAGAUUUGUCGACUGUCUUUCUCCAUUCCUCCCUUUUUUUUGGCUUGUUUAGAACCUCUCUCAAUGGCAGGCCUGUCCAUUCUUUAAUGUUGUCCUCCCAUCGCUUUUUCUGUCUGCCUCUUCUUCUUUACCCUGGCACUGUUCCCUGAAGGAAGGUCUUUGCGAGCCCCGUAGAUCUUGUAAUGUGGUCAAAGGUUUUAAGCUUUCGUCUUUUCACAAUAGUUAGCAGGUCGUCAUGGGCUCCGAUCGCUACAGUAACCCUUCAUUUUACUGUCAGUAAAAUACAAGGAGAUGGUGCUGAUGUUUUGCUGCUAGAUUGAAGGCCGAAGAAAAGGGAUCGCCUCAUCUUGCGAAGACCUAAGUAUAUACCUUCUGGAAUAUUCUUGAUUACGGUUACUGUGUCAUUUUAUUACAUUAUUAUUUAAUUUUUAUUUUCUUUUAGUUCUAUGACGCUUAAUGUUGUAUCUAGAAAUGAAACAAAACAAUAGCCUACUUUUUUUCUGUUUAACAACCUUUGUCCCAUCAUACAACGUGACAAUCAGCUAGUUGAUUUUUCAUCAUGUGUAUAGGAUCUGUUCUCUAGAAACAGAUUUCUAAGAUACUUACAUCCCUGGCACUAUUUUUGUUUCUCCUCUUAUCUAUAUGCUCUUCUUUUCUUGUAUACAUUCAAGUGACUUGAUCUCAAAGCUUCCUCCUAGUUUGGUAGUUUGGGUAUGUGGACCUAUGCCUUAACAGCUGUGACUCUACAUGUGUUGGUGAUCCUAAAAGAUGUGCUCAUAAGAUUCUAAUGAUUUUGGUUCGUAGUUAUUGUAGUCUUGUUCAUUCAGUCUAAAGGAUGAAAUAACAGUGUAGCAUCCCAUAGCAUCCAGAGUUUUAUCUUAUUAUUGACAUCUGAUAUUUGUAAUUGUGUUUGAACAAAAUAAGUCAUUUCCUUUUGUUAACAAUUCAUUAAAAAAAAUGUGUUUAUUGUAGACUUUAUCCUGUGUCCUCCAAAGGGAGCAUAAGGCCGUAACCACAUCUCUUCACCAAAUUUAGUUCAAAGCAGCUUUAUUCAUCUGCUCCCAUGUCAUUCCAGUAUCCUCAGCUUUGCUGAUGGCUGACACCUUACAUGUUUGUUAGGGCCUGCCCACUUUUCAUUUUCCCUGUGGAUUCAAAUCAAGUAUUUGCCUUGGAACAAAGGUAGUUGGUUUUUCACAAGGUUUUUCCUACCAAGCUUCAUUUCGCUUCUUGGUUGUUUAGGCUAUGGGUUUCUUAAUUUUUGUUAAAGUAACAUAUUAACUGUUAUUAUUAUUUCCCACUGUUAUCACAUCCUAAAACUCAAUUUUAUUAAUGUUUUAAGUACAAAAAGAGUUGGUUUAUCCCCCUCUGUGUGUUCAUUAUGUUGUUGUUUUAAAUUCCACUUUGUGUUAUUUUGCUUUUUAAAAAAAUAUUAUUCUCUUCCAAAAAGUGACAAUGAAAUAAUACUAUAUAUGUAUUGUGUAAUGUUAUACAAUAAUAUAUGUUCAUAUUGUAAUGAUCCUAAUGGUAUACACAUACUUGGUUUAGCACAAGUAUUUUCUUUGGUGAUUUAAAUAUUUAUCUUUGUUAAUGUUUUCUGCAUUAUGUAGUAUUUCUGAAAGUAUAUUAUGUAUACAUUUGGUGGAGCAUAGAUCAUCAGUCAAUGACUAAGCCAUAAGGGCUAGGUGUGGCACAAGUGUCAAGUGCAUGUCAUCCUCAUCAAUUAAAUUAUUGGUUGUUUAAGAAGAGUGUAUGCUAUAAAAGUGAUGACAACCAAAGCUCUUUACCAUAGUUCAGAAGCUAUCUGCAUUAAUGUAUCCAGACAAAACUUGUGUUCUCACCCUAGUACCAUGAAGGAGGGUGUACAUUGUGUCUGAACUUUAAAAAUUACUUUUAGUUUUAUGAAACUUCCACCAAAUAUUUGUUCAGUCCUAUUGUACUUCAACUAAACCUUCCAAAACUGGAUUUUUUUCCCAGCCUUUAUGUGAUUGUUUUUUUUUAAAAACCUUGUAACUUACUUUUAAAGCAUAUGCUUAUUUUUGCUGUAAAUAAAUUUAUGCAUCCAUAUAUUUUGCGUGUAUUAGACAUGGUCUAUAUAUAAGAUAUAUCAAAAAACAUUCUGUGUGUAUUUGGCAUAGUCAUGAUCAAAUGUACUGCAGACAGUGUAUAACUGCUACAUCUUCAUCAAUUCGCUACACCUGCUUCUUUUCAAUACAUUUUGAAACCAAA